AUGAAGUUGGGAUUCAAGGCUAACAAUAACGAGGUGGAGAAUGAGGCACUGCUCACUAGGCUAAAGAUCAUGGCAGAACCACAGGCUUUAACAAACAUCCCUGGUCCUCCGUUUCUUCGCACGCAACCAUGGACAACGCUACUGCCGUACGCAAACGCAGCAGCCCAUGUCUUGGUGGAGAGCUGCAAGUCCUCCAAGGGUAUAGCCAUGGCAGUGGUCGACGCUAAUGCCAUCAUUCAAGGCGGAGAGAGCCUCAGCCACUGUGCCGACAAGCUGGUCUCUAUCCCGGAAGUCAUGGACGAGGUCCGCGACCCCGUUUCCCGCCACCGGCUUGCCUUUCUUCCCUUUGAAGUCCAAACCAUGGAACCCUCCCCUGAAUCCCUCAACAAAGUUAUUAAGUUUGCGAGGGCCACCGGAGAUUUACAUGUGGAUAUCAAGCUCACUGCUCUGACCUAUACGUUGGAAGCUCAGAUACAUGGCACUGAACAUCUUAGGGACUGCCCUCCUCCGGUGCAUACGGUCAAUGUCAAGAGGUUGCCAGAGAAGGAUUUGCCUGGUUGGGGCAAUAAUGUUCCAAAUUUGGAAGAGUGGGAAGCUCUGGAACAUGCUGAAGAGGAGAAAUCAAACACUAGUUCGAGGAUUCUUCCAUUGAAGGAUAUAAACUUGAAUGUGAUCAAUUCUGAUAGUCAUUCUGUUGAUGGUUCUGCGGUGGAAGUUAAAAGUGAUGCUCAUUCUGAAAAUCAGGAGGAUGUUGGUGGUACUGAAAGAAGACAUAGGAGAAAUUUUCCCAAGAAGAAAGAGAUAAGCAUUGAAGGGAAGAUGGUUUUGGCUGGGAUUGAUGCGUCCCAAGGACAGUUGGAUGAUAAUGCUGAUGACUGGAUGCCUGCUGUCAGUCGAAGUACGCAUCGGAGGUUUUUGAGAAGAAAAGCUAGGCGCAAGUCUAACGAGUUAUUAUCUGAAAAGGAUGCUCAAGAUGCAGAGGAGGAAGCUAGAGGCAAUGAUCAAUCGUUGCCUGUAGAAUCUGAAGAAGCAUGUAAUAGAAAUGGAAUUUUUGAGGGUGGUGAGAUAACAAAGAUAAAGAAUGGCGAUGAAGGCCUGUCUUCAAUUCUAAAGCAAACGAGACUGGAAGAAGAUUCACUAAGGGCUCUUCAAGAAGGGAAGGAGCUUAAUGGGGUAGAGGCUAAUGAUUUCGAAGCAGAAGCUACCGUUGAUAAUAAUGUGAAUUUUUCUGUUGAAGGGGAUGAAGCUGAAACGAUAAAUGAAGGGCUAGAUCACUUGGAGAUCUCAAGUGAGACUAAUGAAAGUGUUGAUACAUCUACUUUGAAUGAUGAUCAUAGUGAGCAGAGCUGGGCACUUAAGUCCUUGUCGGAGUCCAAUGUAGCUUGUAUAACUGGUGAUUUUGCAAUGCAGAAUGUUAUUUUGCAGAUGGGUUUACGGUUGGUGGCACCUGGAGGAAUGCAGAUCAGACAGCUGCAUAGGUGGAUUUUGAAGUGCCAUGCAUGCAAUACUGUGACUGCUGAAAUUGGGAAAAUUUUCUGUACAAAGUGUGGAAAUGGUGGUACUUUGCGGAAGGUAGCAGUUACCGUUGGUGAGAAUGGCAUUGUUAUGGCAGCCCGUCGACCUCGGAUCAUAUUGCGUGGCACAAGAUUUUCACUUCCUUUACCUCAAGGUGGAAGGGAUGCCAUUUCCAAGAACCCCAUUUUACGUGAAGAUCAACUCCCACAAAAGUUUCUACAUCCAAAGACAAAGAAGAAAGCACAUAAGGGAGACGACUUGUUUGCUACCAAUGACUUCAUCUUCUGCCACCAUACCGAUAAAAAGGCUCCUUUGCAGUCUCCCAUAAGGAAGGCUCUAGCCGUUUUCAGUGGAAGGAGGAAUCCCAACGACAACCAUUACUCGCAUUCUAAGCAUAAAUAGCGGGUUUAAUUUCUUUUUGACUGAUUGUUUUAUAGACCAGUUUUGAUAUUCCAAUCGUUCGUUAGGAUGAUUUGGGGGUGAUAUUUAUGUGGUCGACGACUGUAUAUAAUAUACGAGAUGUUGAAAAGUCUCAUGGGCAAUGAAUGCCCACAGUUUCAUUUGUGAAAGUCUUCUGGAUGGGCAAAGUUUUCAAUGCCCAUGUAAAGUGAAAGAGAUUGUAUAGUCAGACGAAGUUUCAUAAAUUUCAAGAUGCAUUAACUGCAUCAGUUUAGAGCA